CUUGUCGUAUGGCCUCCUCUUCCACAACGUCCCGUUUAUUCGCAUAUCCGUCGGCUCAGGCUCGCAGAAAACUCAGUCCAUCUCGCCUCGCCAAUUUACAUCAGACCAUCUCUUCCUCUCUUCAGAUCUAUCUCAAAUCGAAUCCUGUUUCAUUCGACGAGGCCAUCACUUUCAUCUGUUCCUACGCUCAAGAUGCCGCAUCUCAGACGUUACAGAACCUCAUCUGGGCAGCUCAAUCCCAAUCGAAUCAGGCUAGUCCUCAGUCCUUAAACUCCCUCACACCGAUAGAGCAAUACAUUCGAAAAUCUGUCCUCCUAUUAGCCGAGAAAAUCGCUCCAACCGGUGGUCUUUCAGUCCAGGUUCUCCUCGAUUUAGCAGUCGUUUAUGCGUCUACCAACGCGGAGAUAAUGAAAAGGGUUGUCAGCUCUGCAAUCAAGAAGAACUCUUUAGCGGAAGCGGAAGUUAAAGAGCAGUUGGUACCAGCUUUCACGAACUUACUCUCAUCUCGGACUGUAGGAUUGGGUCUGUACGGUUUACGGAAAACAGGCCAUGUUCUCAAGUCAUUUCUACACUCUUCACCUCCCAAAAUUGUUCAUCUAUUUGCUCAGAACGAAUUCAUACUAGCAUUAGCCAAGGCAUACGAUGAUGGACUGGCAGUUAUUGCAAGGUCUUAUGGCGGAUUCUCUGUGGAAUCACUUUCCAGUCCGAAUGCAAUCGUAGACGACUGGAACUACAUCUAUCUCUCUACCAAAGUCAAUUUGAUUGAUUCUUUUCACCUCAUCAUGACCGUUCUCCUUUCCCCGUCGUCCGCCGACCUGGAAACUAGUUUUUCAAUCACGUUCGCGUUGCUUGAUUUGUCGAGUUCCACCACUUCUCCACCCGAAAGAACGCCCUUCCUCGACGCAUCUCUCUUGGUAGAUUAUCAACACUCGUACAACCUUCUAGGGUCCUUACAGUCCCUUUCUACUUCACAAGAUCCUCGAUUAGACAUUCUCUCCCCUACCCUUUCUUCGUUUGAUUCAGAGGUGGCGGAGAAUGGAGCAGCAGGCGCGUUAAAACUAAUACUGAGAUCGAGUGGCGUUCCUCCCGGAAUAGACAACAGAGGUAUGGGGAGGUCACCUCAACCAGUCCCACCGAACGGGAAAGCCAAAGGAAAAGUGAAAUCGGACCUUCCUCCAGAAGACCCCGAAGCCGAUCUGAAAAUAACUCAAGUUCUCGAUAUUCUCCCUGACCAUCCGCCCACCUAUAUCCGGGCUCUCUUACCUUUCUAUGGUGGGGACACCGAAAAGGUGAUCGGGGCGCUUUUAGAAGGGACAGCGCCUAGCGCAGAAUCUCUCGAGGGAUCCGGUUCAAAUGUGAAGUCCCAGAAACCAUCCAGAAGAGCAGAAGAUGAUAUCGAGGAGUAUGUCAAGAAUCGCAGUAAUGUCUUCGACGAUCAGGAAAUGGACCUUUCAAGGGUUACAUUUGGCAAACAGAAAGGAGUCGCGACUGCCCUCUUAAACUCAUCCAAUGACCCAGAACUUGCACUUCUCAAAGCCGAUAUUCUUCGUCGUGUCGAAGAAUUUUCCGACUCGGAGGAAGGAGAGGAAUCGACAUUAUCCUCUCGCGUUGCAAGUGCCACAUUUGUUGACGAGUCUGACGAACUUGUCCUGCAAGAAAAUAUCAAAGUUUCCGGAGACGGUGAAGAUGAUAGUGGUAGUGAUGAUGGCGAGGGCGGCGACGACAACAAUGGCCAGAAAAAGGAGAGUCAAACAGCCGAGAGUAUCCUCGAAAGAGCGUACAUUCAAGACCCCAAGCUGUUUGACAGAGAUGUCACCACAAGACGCGGGAAAGGCAGACAGGACUUGAAAGCUCGUACGGGAUGGCAGGACGAGCAGAUCGAAGGGUGGAUGAUUAUGUUGGAGCGAGAUCCUAAGAAGAAACAAACCCUCAUCCAGAACUACGAGUUUGAGCGCCCUCAGAAUCAUCUUUCACCACCGCCUUCAAGCUCUCGGGGAGGCGGAGGCGGGCACAGCGGCGGAGGCGGGCACAGCGGCGGAGGCGGUAGAGGUAAUCGGAGAGGAAGAGGAAGAGGAGGAGGAAACAAUGACGCUCGCGACCGAGCCUGGAAAGAACGGCACAAAUCUUCGAGGGCCAAGAGGGGUAGGGAUAAGAAAGUUGAGAGAAUGGGCGGAGUGUCAUGACUACGUUUUUACCUUUCCCAUCCUAGGGUUUCACCUAAGUGGCUCGCUAUUUUCAUGGCGUAUAUGGCUUUUUUGAUGUUCAGUGACGCUGAGAGAGCGUGAACGAGCAUAUAAGGCAACAACUGAAGCACUAGGAUCCGAGUGUGUGUGUGGAGAAACGGAAAAUUACACUAGGUGUACGAUAGAACUUGACGC